AUCAAUGGGCUAUUCAAACUGUCUAUUGAGUAAGUACCUUUAAACCACCUUCAAAGAGUCCCCAUCCGUAUUUGUUCCAAGCUUUCAUUAGGUGCUUUGUUGGGUUUGACUCUAAAAGUUUCACCAAUCCGUUCAAGGUGUGAUUUUUUUUCUUCCCUACAACAGAAAGGUUUGCAUUUCUUGAAACUCUGGCUAAUUCUUCAAAAUUUUCUCUGGGUUUAAAGUUUCGAUCACACCAAAUUCGAUCGGCUUCCUGAAUUUCUCCCUCAUCCCUUGAUUCAGAUAUAUUCUUUAAGUCGAAUAAGGGUAGGAUUGCUUGAGCAUAAUGAAGCAUAUUGUGAAGAUAAUUACCUUGUUGAUGGCUAUCUCUGCCAUGUGGAUUGGUCUCCUGGAGAUGUGUGUAGUUCCACGAAGUCAGACUUGGUUGCUACCAAUAUAUUUCAUUGUUUCACUGGGAUGCUAUGGAUUGCUAUUGGUUGGCAUCGGCCUAAUGCACUUUCCAACUUGUCCUCGAGAGGCAUUGUUGUUGCAGCAGGACAUUGUCGAGGCCAAGCAUUACUUGAAGCAAAGAGGGGUCGAUGUUGGUUCUGAAUGAUUUGACUUACUGAACUCAUUUACACACAGAACAUUCCAAUUCGAGUGGAAAUCAAUCUCCGAGUCUUCCAGGAAUAGAGCAGCUGAUGAACACUUACUCGAGCUUUCCGACAAUUUUGAGCAUCGGGUUAAGUUAUCAACCAAUCACGAAAAGUAAUGCUCCUGGAGCUUAUGCUUGUAGGUAAAAUCGAAUUUUUGUUCAUCUUGUCCACCAUCCUCUAGCCAGUUUUUUAAUGUAUAGUCGUACAGUACUCUCUCUC